CUGACCCAUAGACCGGGAUAAGCUGAAAAUGACUCGCACAAGUAACCAUGAUCAAUCCGAAGCGCAAUACAGGCCAGAAGCUGUGAUCUUUGCUUCGCAGGUUUGAUGCAUUUGACAUAAAUGACUCUUUUAAACGCCUUUUCUCUUGGAUAACACAAGAUACCCGAGCUCAUCCUCCAGACCUUCUGGUGUAUUCCUCGUCCGAGCCGCAGAAGUUCGAAACACAAUCCUGUCCACCACGCGAACCUUCUAACAUGCCGCUGGACGAGCAUGGGAACAAGUGGUCAUGUGAAUCAUGCCUGCGCGGUCACAGAUCCGCGAAAUGUAAGCACUUCGACCGGGUGAUGGUCAAGGUGCCCAAGUCUGGACGACCUCUGAAGCAAUGCCCUCACGGCCGAUUGCAGGAUUGCGGCUGCCGCAAGACAUGCGCCAUCAUGACAAGGUUAUCAUCCGACUCACAAAAUCUUUGUCGUCCAUUGUACUAUGUUGGAGAUCAGCAUGAGCACCAUAGCUCUGGCAUCAUGGGAGAAGAUACAACAAACGUUCGCAGCCCGGCCACACCGGCUGCCAGCCGAAAUCGGUCCGUAGACCCGCCCAUAUCGACACCGACAUUCCUACCUCCACCACAUCACAUUUUGCCCACACAAUUACCACGCCUGGCACAAUGGCCGUUACCGCCAAUGCUAGACACGCCGAGUCCACCGGGCCACAUUAGCAUGAGUACAGACACCAGCAUCCAGGCUCUCGAAACCCACCUACAGGCCGGGGAAUAUGCCAUCCUCGAGCGGCUGUAUUCCAUCGGCCCACCAGCAAUCGGCGACCUGUGGUCGCCAUCACUACAGAUAAUUGAGGAGCCCAUCGAGACACCUCACGAUCUGUCAUUGGCAGCGCAUCAUGCGGCCCUUGAUCUCCUCAAUCUCGGCAUGCCCUUCCCGCUGGUUGCACAAGCACAUACAUUUCCUAGCAGUGAAACUGGAAGCAUAAUUUGAGGAGGUGCAUAGCGAGGAGCGGCUGCGACGUGAUAUCUCUGAUAGCAACUGCCCAAUAUCCUUGUUGAAAGUAACAACGAAGGGUUGUCAACCACGCGGUCCUCCUCGAGUUCCGCUGCUAACUAUCCGUCCUCUAUUCUCAGCAUUACAACUUCCCACAGUAUUAAGUCUCAAUAUACCACCGAUACUAGCACAUCCGACAAUCGACUCGGGUUCACGGCGUCUUCAGGCCCGUUGCGCCAACCAAGCCAAUCUAUCUGUCACAUCGACGUGAUAACUCCCAACGACGGAGAUCUGCCGAGUUGGUUUGACGGGUAUCUGGUAACUAGGAGUAGAAAAAUGCACACUGGGUGCGGAACCUGUGUCAGAAUUGAUAAUGUGUAGAUAGGCCAUGCGGGGCGGGGGGUGCCGUUGCUUCCUUGUGCGUAUCAGACUGUUGCUGAAGACGUGUGUUGAAGAUAAUGGGUUGAGAGAAAGAAGGCAAUCUUUUUUGGGAGGCUUCGAGGCAGCAUUUUAGCAUUAUCUUAUAAUGAUGAUCGGUGUGCUUGGGAGAUCCCCAAUCCAAGUUAAAAUUUGAUUCUGGUA